AUGAUCAUCAUUCCAAAGUUAAAAGUUUUUAUUGUGUGUACAGCAUUUGUUUUUGCCAAUGAAGUUAAAGCGCAAUAUGGUGGCGGUAUGGGUGGCAUGGGCUAUUAUCCAUACUAUCCCAAUUACGGCGUAGGCGGUAUGCCCGGUGGUGGAGGUGGAAUGCCUGGUGGUGGAGGAGGUAUGCCCGGUGGCGGAUGUGGUGGAUACCCUAGACCGUGCUACUAUCCACAAUAUCCCAUAUACGGUAACGGUUAUCCAUGCUUCACCAGCGUCUGUUGUAGUUGUGGAGGGGGUGGAAGUUAUCCAUAUUAUGGCGGAGCAUAUCCCUAUUAUGGGAACACAAUGAGAACAUUUUACUCAAAUGUUGUGAACUAUGCCUCUUCAACUGCAUCUUCAAUUGGGGGGUACUUCGGAUAA